AUGUUCGAAUUCAACUUCGAAACAUCGUCGAGUGGUCCAAAUCCCAAGUUCACUGUCUUCAUAAAACAGGAAAACAGGGGUACAGUAAGACAAGGAGACGUCUUUUCAGAAGAUGAAAGGCUCGCUGUAUACUACGAUCUUCUCAAGGAUAACGACGAUCAGCCUCAUGGCAAGGAUUGGGCUUAUGACAAGGGUGAUGUUUUGGUCCAUGACGACAAACAACGCCGGUUCCACAUUAGAUUUGAGGCUCACACCCAGGUUAUUGGCCAUCACGAGCUGAUCCGGAUUAAUGUUGAUGCUUUAGAAGAUGGCUUUUCGGCCCACAACCCCGACCGUACGUGGCUGUGGGUGGAUACGAAGCCUGGCACCGGGCACCGACAUGUCAUGACCAUCCUUUGA